UGCGUUUGCGGUACACGAACUCAUAACCUCUCUUUGCUUCUCUCUCGUCACCCGAAAUUAGGGUUCCGCUCACGAAAUUCAUCCAUCGUCACAAUCGAAUUAGGGGUUUGGACGACGAUGCAGCCGGCAAACAACAUGGCCCAACCACCGCUACAACAUCCGUCUCAGCAAUGGAUGCCUCAGCAACCACAAUACCAGAUUCCUCCGCCGCAGCAGCCACCCGCCGCUGGAUACUAUUACCAGCAACCACAGGCACCGUUGGCCGCAGUCCCGCCGCAAUUGUACGCGGCCGCACCGACGGAUCAGGCUCGGUCAGUGGCAGAUGAUGGUGUCAAGAGUCUGUGGAUCGGAGACCUGCAAUACUGGAUGGACGAACAGUAUUUAUGUAGCUGUUUUCCUGCUGCUGGGGAGGUGGUCUCUGCUAAAGUUAUCCGUAACAAGCAAUCUGGCCAAUCAGAAGGUUAUGGAUUCAUCAGGUUUGCUAGUCAUGCUGCUGCUGAAAGGAUUCUGCAGACGUAUAAUGGCGCCCUUAUGCCAAAUGCUGAGCAAACUUUCCGACUGAACUGGGCAUCCAUGGGAGCUGGUGAAAAACGUGAAGAUGCCAAUGAAUAUACAGUUUUUGUUGGUGAUUUGGCGGCAGAUGUGACUGAUUAUGUGCUCCAGGAAACCUUUAGAGCCAAUUAUCCUUCAGUCAAGGGUGCAAAGAUUGUCACAGAUAGGAUAACUGGUCGGACAAAGGGCUAUGGUUUUGUGCGGUUUGGUGAUGAAAAUGAGCAAAUUCGUGCCAUGACUGAAAUGAAUGGAGUGCUUUGUUCCACCAGGCCCAUGCGAAUUGGCCCAGCUGCUAACAAACAAAAACCGGGUGGUCAGACCACAGGGUGUCAGGAGGCUCUAUCAUAUAGGGGCCUGAAGCCAAUUUCAGCAGAAAUGAUAACCCUUUUAGUGCCUGGUUUUGUGUAGAAAUGGUUCACCAUGGAGUGUGGCCGAUGAUAUAAGGCCAGUGAAACUGCUUACAGCACUCAGGGGUUUCAAUGGUUUGUGAUGUAACCACCAUUUAAUACAAUUGUCAAAGUUAGCCUCCCCGUUGGUUGAGUUGCUCCUUUCCUACAAUUUUCUAGUUUUUUCCUUUUCCCUUCCAAUUCUAUAACGACUAUGACGAUUGGUUAAGUUUUACAUCUUUUUAUCAGCUCCAUAAGUCAACCUAUAAUGUUGAUGUAUUCUUGUGCAAAUUUCGAAUAGGUUUCUCUUUUGUACAUUGGUGAAACCAUAAAAAAUGUGCAUCUCUGUCUUAUUGGGUUCUAUAUAGUGCUCUAUUUUAGAAAGUUUGCUGGUGAUUUACUUGAAUAUGAUGCUCUACCAGUCUACUACUGAAGAACUAUUCUGCUGCAGAUUACAUCAUUUUCCCAGGUGGUAAUUAUAUGAAGUGGGAUAAUAAUGUGCCCAAAAGAAAAUAUGUACAUAGCAAAGGAACGGGCGCAAGUUUCAUCUUCUUUGCAGUUUACCCUGCCAUACUUAUGCGGAAAUUCAUGAAUGAAAUGUCUGUUUAUAUUUAAUGCAUAAGCUACACGCUUUAUCAUGGAGAUUGAUUGAAUGUUUCAGGCUAGAUUUUACUUGUUGACUAUUUUCUUCUUAUAAUUUUGUUGUAAUAUAAUAGAAGUUAGCAUAAUGCAUACGAUUUACAUUUAUGCAUUGAGCUGUGAACAAGUACUAAAUAUUGCUUCCUUUUAGUAAGGGAAAACUGUACAUCCCUCAACCCUCCCCCAUAGUUUCUGACAACAAUCUUCCCCUUUU